AGGAAGUGCGAGCUAGCUUCCGGUUGCAGCGGUGCAGGGUGAGACUUUGGAUGCCCGGACGCGGGUGAUUGGCGUCAUUGGGAGGAGCGGCGGGGCUUCCAGCGACUUGAAGUCUGAAGUCAGGAGCAGCAUGUCUGGCUGUGUGCUGCUCUCGCGUGGGGCGACUGCGGCGGCGGCUGCGGCGCGAGCUUCCCGGGUGCUGAGGGAAUUCACGGCGAGGCGCCGCCCGCUGCACACCAGCCUGCAGAGCUGCUCGUUCGCCAAGGAGCUCUUCCUGGGCAACAUCGAGCAGAAAGGAGUUUUCCCAUUUCCAGAGGUCAGUCAACAUGAACUUAGUGAAAUCAAUCAGUUCGUGGGACCGCUGGAAAAAUUCUUCACUGAAGAAGUGGACUCUCGAAAAAUUGACCAGGAGGGAAAAAUCCCAGUUGACACCUUAGAGAAGUUGAAGAGCCUGGGACUUUUUGGCAUACAGGUCCCAGAAGAAUAUGGUGGCCUGGGCCUCUCCAACACGAUGUAUGCUCGGCUCGGGGAGAUCAUCAGCCUGGAUGCCUCUAUCACGGUGACCCUGGCAGCACACCAGGCUAUCGGCCUCAAGGGGAUUAUCUUGGUCGGCAAUGAGGAACAGAAGGCCAAGUAUCUGCCCAAACUGUCGUCUGGGGAACACAUCGCAGCCUUCUGCCUAACAGAGCCAGCCAGUGGGAGUGAUGCUGCGUCCAUCCAGACCAGAGCUACGUUAAGUGAAGAUAAGAAGUACUUCAUACUCAAUGGCUCCAAGGUUUGGAUCACCAAUGGAGGACUGGCCAAUAUUUUUACUGUGUUUGCAAAAACCGAGGUGGUCGAUUCUGAUGGUUCGAAAACAGACAAAAUGACCGCAUUCAUAGUAGAAAGAGACUUCGGCGGAAUCACUAAUGGGAAACCUGAAGAUAAAUUAGGCAUUCGAGGCUCCAACACAUGUGAGGUCCAUUUUGAAAAUACCAGAGUGCCUGUGGAAAAUGUCCUUGGAGAAGUUGGAGGGGGCUUUAAGGUAGCCAUGAACAUCCUGAACAGUGGGCGAUUCAGCAUGGGCAGUGCUGUGGCCGGGAUGCUGAAGAAGCUGAUCGAACUGACUGCUGAGUAUGCCUGUACGAGGAAACAGUUCAACAGGAAUCUCAGUGAAUUUGGGUUGAUCCAGGAAAAGUUUGCGCUCAUGGCUCAGAAGGCAUACGUAAUGGAGAGUAUGGCUUACCUCACUUCAGGGAUGCUAGACCAACCAGGAUUUCCCGACUGCUCUAUCGAGGCAGCCAUGGUGAAGGUGUUUAGCUCUGAGGCUGCCUGGCAGUGUGUGAGCGAGGCUCUGCAGAUCCUUGGGGGCUCAGGCUACAUGAAGGACUACCCCUAUGAGCGCAUGCUGCGUGAUGCCCGCAUUCUCCUAAUCUUUGAGGGAACCAAUGAGAUUCUUCGGUUGUUCAUUGCCCUGACAGGCCUGCAGCAUGCUGGACGCAUCCUGACCUCGAGGAUCAAAGAGCUUAAAAGUGGCAAUGUGACCACAGUCAUGGAGACGAUUGGUCGGAAACUUCGGGAUUCUCUGGGCCGAACUGUGGACCUGGGGCUAACAGGCGAUCUUGGUGUUGUCCACCCCAGCCUUGGCGACAGUGCCAACAAGCUUGAGGAAAAUGUCCAUUACUUUGGCCGGACUGUUGAGACCCUGUUACUCCGUUUUGGAAAGAACAUUGUAGAGGAACAGCUGGUGUUAAAGCGGGUAGCCAACAUCCUCAUCAACUUGUAUGGCAUGACUGCUGUGCUGUCGAGAGCCAGCCGCUCCAUCAGAAUUGGGCUCAGGAAUCAUGAUCACGAGGUUCUGUUGGCCAACAUGUUCUGUGUGGAAGCUUAUUUCCAGAAUCUCUUCAGCCUGUCUCAGCUGGACAAGAACGCUCCAGAAAACCUGGAUGAGCAGAUUAAGAAAGUGUCUCGGCAGAUCCUUGAGAAGCGAGCCUAUAUCUGUGCCCACCCGCUGGACAGAGCAUCCUGAGGCUGGAACCAUGUACCUGCCUAGCCCGGGUUAACAUCAUUCACAAGACAGACCUUGAGGUCAUCUGUGUGGACUGUAUGUUAUCUGCAUACACUAAAAACACUUUCUUCUCUGAGCAAAAGCAAUAGUUAGGUUUUGGUCUCUAGGCCCUGUAUCUAGAGGGAUCCCAUCUCCUGGAAGGAAGGAAGUACCAGCCAAAUCGUUGAAGAAAGAAAGAAAAAGGAAGAACCAAAUUGUGGAUGGCUCCUGUGUGUGGCUGCAUGAUACAUCUCAGUGGACAUGGGCCCGCCUUUAAGACACAAGGCUCACAGUAAACUAAGAUUUGGGCAGCUAUUCCUUCUAAACCAUGUAUAAAGAAACUCCUGAGAAGUUGAGUCUAUACCACUCACCGAGACUGUUUCCAAUCUACGUACGGAAUCAUUUAACAAAGUAUAUAAAGUUUAUGUCCACCUAGACUUUAUGUUCUUCAGUCCAUGACCGUGAGGGGCCAUAACAAUAAAAUCCCUUCUUGAGUGUUUUAAACUUCAAAUUGUAGUGCUCCUCCACUUCCUUUGUUAGGCUUAUCCCAAGGGGCUGGUUAGGUGCUUUACUUUACUAGAAUGUUGUUUGAUUCUUUGAUAGUUUUAUACAUUUAAUGAUGUGUCUUGGUCAUAUCUAUCCUAACUCCUCCGUCCUGUUUUAUGGCAUCCUAACAUGCCCAGCUCCCUACUUCUUCUUUUCAACUCACUGUGUCCCCUUAGUGCUGAGUGGGAAUAUUAACUUUCUGACUUGCUCUCCUGCAUCGAUGAUUUUUACCCUCUCUUAAAAAGUGUUCUCUUGGCCCCUUGGUCUUGCAAACUUUAUAUGCCCCAGUACAGGGGAAACACUAGGGCCAAGAAGUGGGAGUGGAUGGGUAGGGAAGCAGGGGGCCACGGGGAGGAUAUAGGGGACUUUUGGGAUAGCAUUUGAAAUGUAAAUGAAGUAAAUACCUAAUAAAAAAUUGGAAAAAAAAAUGUUCUCUUGGGAGGGGGUUAACGUGGCUGGCCCACUGAGAGCUGAGUACCCAGUAGUUCUUAGUCUUUUGUAGCCUUCUGAGUUCCACAGGUCCUUCACCUUAUACACUCAAUCUAAGAAUCAGCAUUGCUUGCCACUGUUGAUUUUGUAGUGUUUGUUUUAACUUCCUCUCUUGCUUAGUGUUAUUGUAGCAAGAUUUAUUCUUUCCUGAGGCCUUAGAGAUUUGUUUCUUUUUCUUCAGUCUGAAAUAUUCCUUCAAUUAUCUUCUGUAGAGCUGGCCUGUGGUCAGAAAUUCCUUUUUACAUAAGAAAAUCAAGAAGGAAGACCAAUGCGUGGAUACUUCAUUCCUCCCUAGAAAAGGGAAUAAAAUACUCCUAGAAGCAGUUACAGAGACAAAGUUUGGAGAUAAGACAAAAGGAUGGACCAUCCGGAGACUGUCCCACCCAGGGGUCCAUCCCAUAAUCAGCCACCAAAUGCAGACACUAUUGCAUAUGCCAGCAAGAUUUUGCUGAAAGGACCCUGAUAUAGCUGUCUCCUGAGAGGCUAUGCCAGUGCCUGGCAAAUACAGAAGUGGAUGCUCACAGUCAUCUAUAAGAUGGAACACAGGGCCCCCAAUGUAGGAGCUAGAGAAAGUACCCAAGAGCUGAAGAGGUCUGCAACCCUAUAGGUGGAACAACAAUAUGAACUAAUCAGUACCCUCAGAACUCGUGUCUCUUGCUGCAUAUGUAGCAGAAGAUGGCCUAGUUGGCCAUCAUUGGGAAGAGAGACCCCUUGGUCAAGCAAACUUCAUAUGCCCACUACAGGGGAACGGCAGGGCCAAGAAGUGGGAGUGAGUGGGUAGGGGAGCAGGGCAGGGGGAAAGGUGUAGGGGACUUUUGGGAUAGCAUUUGAAAUGUAAAUGAAGAGAUUGUCUAAUAAAAAUAUUAAAGAAAU